GGAAUUAUUUUGAAACUAAAGUGUGAGUGCAUCAUGCACAAGACUCUGUAGAUUCUAAGUUUUUGAGUGACAAUCAGUGAAAAGAAAGCUCUUAUUAAAAAAAAGAUUAUGUAUGUUCUUUUUAGAAAUUUUGAGUUAGCCACUUUGUUUUCCCUUUCAAAAGAGAUGGUGACACUUCAAAUUAUUUCAAAUCCAAAAAAUUGAGGAAAAGUUUGGAUCCAUUUUCCUUGUGUGAUAAAAGACAAGAGCAUCAUGGAAAUGAGGAAAAAGGAAUAAAGGAGGAAAUUAGGUGAAACUGUGAAAAUAGGCAUGCCAUUCUUUGCUGAAUUUCUAUUGAAAUAUUAAUGCAUGCUGUAGUCUAAUAACUAAUAUCAAACGAACGCUCUGAACAUCUACAUCUGGUUUGAAUAGGAUCACUUAAGAUGUCUAUUCUUCCCAGGUCUGACUUCUGAAGGUCAUCACCUUGAUAUCCAUAAAUCUAGGCUGAGGGUUAAAUAUAUCCUCAAAUGUUAAGUUUUACAUCGUUGAUUGACUGCAGUAUGAUCCUACACAUUUGUCAAUAAAGAUGGGUAACAAUGUUUGUUUUUACUCUUCUAAUGUUCAAGCAAGAAGAUUAGAAGAGCUUGUCUUUGUACAACAUACGCAACCAAAAUGUGCAUAUACUAUGGGUUGCUUCUAGGGGUUGAUUGACCUUUCUCUGCAUGGGAAAAAAACUUGUGACUAGGCCACACAUAUGGACAUCUUGUGUAAGCUAGCGCAACUUGAUUGACAACUGACAAGUUAUGAAAUCGGAUAGUUUUCAUUGACAAACAUGAAUUAAUGAUCUUUUCAAAAUGUUUCGUGUAAACUAGUAAAGUUUUCUUUCCCUUUCAAAAGAUAUUGUAACACUUUUAAGGAUUGCAAAUGCCACGUUGAAGUAAAAAAUUGAACCAUUUUCCUUGUAUUAUAGAAUUAAAGAGCAUCACGCAAAUGCGGAAAACGAAAUAAAGGAAGAAAUUAGGUGAAGGUGUGGAAAAUAGACCUAUCUCUUUUUGUUAUAGAUAUUACUAUUAAAGAUCAAUGCAUGCACUAGUCCAACCAAUACUACCAACAAAUGAAAACCUAUGAAAAUUGACAUCUGGUGUGAAAUGGUCAACUUCACACGCAUCCUCUUCCAAGCAUUAACUUCUGCAUGAGUCACUUCCUUGAUAUUUGACUGUGGCAUCGGUCUAUAUAUUUGUCGAAGCGGAUGGGUUGCAUUCUUACAGCACAUCCCACUCCGAAGCAAGAAGGUUAGACGAGCUUGUGUUUUUGCUAAAUAUCCAAAACCAAAAUGUACAACUUAUCAGUUUGCAGUUUUAUGGCCUUUGGAAUUUCCUUGCCGCCUAAGAUGGUCCUGGCCAGUUUGAGACUUAAGCAGGGAAAUGGUCGUUGCACAAAUGUACCCCGCAAUGUAAACUUGGAAAAGCUGCAGAAUAACUAUUUGUUUCCUGAGAUUUCAAAGCGGGAGCUGCAGCACCUGGAAAAGUAUCCAAAUGCAAAAGUGAUUAGCCUUGGUAUUGGUGACACCACAGAGCCCAUUCCUGAGCAAAUCAGCCUUAGCAUGGCUAACUAUGCACAUUCCCUUUCAACUGCUGAAGGUUAUAGAGGAUAUGGAGCUGAGCAAGGGAAUCAGGCAUUGAGGAAAGCAAUUGCAGAAACAUUCUACAAAGAUGUCGCCAUAAAGGACGCAGAAAUUUUUGUAUCAGAUGGUUCCCAGUGUGACAUUUCCCGCCUCCAGCUGCUUCUGGGUUCAAAAGUGACAAUAGCUGUGCAAGAUCCAUCUUUUCCGGCUUAUAUAGAUUCAAGUGUCAUUAUCGGUCAGGCUGGUGAUUUUCAAGACAAAACUGGGAAGUAUCAGAAAAUCGAGUACAUGCAGCUCAGCCCUGAAAAUAAUUUCUUCCCUGAUUUAACAAUCACUCCAAGAACGGAUAUCAUCUUCUUUUGUUCGCCAAAUAAUCCUACAGGUCAUGCAGCGACGAGGAAGCAAUUACAGCAGCUUGUAGACUUUGCAAGGGAUAACGGAUCAAUUAUUAUUUUUGACUCUGCUUAUGCAACCUAUAUUUCUGAUGGCAGUCCUAAAUCAAUCUUUGAAAUUCCUGGAUCCAAAGAGGUUGCAAUUGAAAUUUCAUCGUUCUCCAAAUUUGCUGGGUUCACGGGAGUUCGUCUUGGUUGGACGGUAGUCCCCGAAGAACUCUUGUUUUCAGGUGGAUUUCCUGUCAUACAUGACUUCAAUCGCAUUGUGUGCACCUGCUUCAAUGGGGCAUCCAGUAUAGCUCAGGCCGGUGGACUAGCAUGCCUUUCUCCAGAAGGUUUCCAGGCUAUCCGCACGGUGAUCGACUACUACAAGGAGAAUGCUAGGAUAUUGGUAGACACAUUUGCUUCACUUGGUUUAGAAGUUUACGGCGGUGUCAACGCCCCAUAUGUUUGGGUGCAUUUUCCAGGUUCAGAAUCAUGGAAUGUAUUCACAGAAAUUCUCGAGAAGACUCAUAUAAUAACAGUACCGGGAUCUGGUUUUGGUCCCGGUGGCGCCGAGUAUAUCAGAAUCAGUGCAUUCGGGAAAAGAGUGCGCAUCAUAGAAGCAUCUUGGAGGCUGGAAAAACUUUUCUCCAUGGGAAAAUCCCCCUUUUUAAGUCUCUAGAAUAAACAAUGAGGUGGUAUAUGUUAA